AUGGCUGGCUACGGGGACUCGGAUACGCAGAUGGGAGGAGGGCCAGGCCAAUACGCGAACCAGAACGGCACACCACCCGCGCAGCAACACCAGUUGACUGAUCCCGAAUUGCGCCUACAGGAAAACCUACAGCAGCUGCGCGACGGUGGAGACAUGAUGCACCCAGUCGGUCCCCAGCAGCCUCAGUACCAGCAGAUGGCUCACAUGGGGCCUGCAAUGGGCGCGCAUCCGCAUUUUGCAGGUCCAACGCGCCCUACGCAUUCUCCACAGCAAAUGGCGCAACAUGUCAUGAAUAUGGACGGACAUCACGACCCGUACGAUCCCAACGACCCGAAUCGCAAACGCUCCAAAGUCUCACGCGCCUGCGACGAAUGCCGAAGGAAGAAGAUUCGAUGCGACGCGACCAGCGAGAACGGCCCAGAAGCCUGCUCUAGUUGCAAACGGACUGGCGCCCGCUGUCAGUUCAGCCGUCAGCCUAUGAAGCGCGGCCCGAGCAAAGGUUAUAUCAAAGAACUUGCAGACCGGCUUAAUUCGCUCGAAAGCCAAAUUCACCAUCCUCCGGCCCAGUCGCAUAACUUCGAUUUCGGAACGUUGGGUGAUCAGCCGUUUCCCGAUACUCAGAGUCCACCGCAGUUCAAGCGCCAGCGCACUCACUCCAUGACAGAUGGGUUUCACGAGGCAUUCAGCCGGCCCAACUGGUCCGCACAGGAUCGCGGUAAUGGUGGAUCUGUAGACGCACAUGGUCUGCCUGUGCUAGGUGAUCAAGACUCGUCGCUCAAUGGCAACCGUCGUACCUCUUUUGGAGAAAUGAGUUUGGGCGGCAGUCUUAUCACAGGCUCUCACGAAGAGAUUCUCAAAGCGUAUUACAACAUCAUUCAUCCCACUCAAUCGACGGACAUGAUGAUUCGACGAUACUCUGGAACACUUUCGCGAGACGAUUACUCAGCUCUGGGUGAAGUCGCUUAUUAUCUCGCCCGUGUCGCCCUACUAGUUGGCCGUAUUGCCUACGUCAAUCGCGCAGGGAGCAUCCCGAACGUCGACCCAGCAGCCCCUUUCGCUUUUUCCGCGCUCAAACCCGGAACCACUGAGUCAGAGUACCUCAACGGGGCACUAGAUGAAAUCAAGCAAUCCAUCGACCUGACCACCUUGACGAGUAACUCGCCCCCUCAUCUGGCGCACCAGUAUCUCAGAGUCUUCAUCGCGCGGCUUUCAGGGCAGAAUUUGCCUUCAGCCGAGGUCCUAGAAGUCACCAAAGACCUGCUCAGCAACCUUAUGAGCGGUGCAAUCACACCUCUGCACCACAUCUUCGCCGCUCUAGUCGCUACAUCCCUCACCGAAUUAAACGACCGAGGCGAACUAAGAGCAGAAGCAAGCGCUACCAUCAAAGAAAUGAGCGACGCCCUAUCAAACGGCCAAAUCAUCCACCGCAGCUCCGACGGUCUAGGCUGGGAAACCGCAAUCGGCGACCUACUCCGCAAGAAGAAAUCCUCCACACCCCCCUACACAGGUCCCGAACAAGCCAGCCCCGCGCUAGAACCCAAUAUGGCCGGCCUGCAACAUCUCGCCGCAGCUGCAGUAGGGGAACGGGAAGGAACGGGUGAUAAUAACCGUCCUGGUAGUUCUUCGCAGCAGAAGGUUGAUAAUGAUCUUUCGGCUGCUAUGGCGGCGGCGAAUGAGGCUGCUAAGGCGCAGGCGACUGCUGUUGCGGCUCAGGAUUUGUUCCAUUAG